UGCGCGGUGACGCCGCUUCCGCCUGAGAGACGUGGCUCGCGGCCAUCUUGUGCGGGAUUCGGAAGCAGCGGAGACGCGCCGCCCAGCAGCAGCUCCACGGAGAUCGCCGCCGCCGCCGCCAUGGUGCUCCUGGCCGCCGCGGUUUGCACGAAAGCGGGGAAGGCGAUCGUGUCGCGCCAGUUCGUGGAGAUGACGCGGACGCGCAUCGAAGGGCUGCUGGCGGCCUUCCCCAAGCUGAUGAACACGGGGAAGCAGCACACCUUCGUGGAGACGGAGAGCGUGCGCUACGUCUACCAGCCGCUGGAGAAGCUGUACAUGGUGCUCAUCACCACCAAGAACAGCAACAUCCUGGAGGACCUGGAGACGCUGCGGCUCUUCUCCCGGGUGAUCCCCGAGUAUUGCAGGGCGCUGGAGGAGAACGAAAUCGCCGAGCACUGCUUCGACCUCAUCUUUGCCUUCGACGAGAUCGUCGCCCUGGGCUACCGGGAGAAUGUCAAUCUGGCCCAGAUCCGGACCUUUACCGAGAUGGAUUCCCACGAGGAGAAGGUCUUCAGGGCUGUCCGCGAGACCCAAGAACGAGAAGCUAAGGCUGAGAUGCGCCGGAAAGCCAAGGAGCUGCAACAAGCCCGGAGGGAUGCCGAGCGGCGGGGCACCAAAGCUCCAGGAUUUGGGGGCUUUGGCAACUCAGCUGUAUCGGGAGGCACCCUCGCUGCUAUGAUCACCGAAACCAUUAUCGAGUCGGAAAAGCCAAAAAUCACUCCGGCUCCUACGAGACCUUCUGGUUCAAACAAGGCACUUAAGCUUGGCACUAAAGGGAAGGAAGUGGAUAAUUUUGUGGAUAAACUAAAAUCCGAAGGUGAAAAUAUCAUUGCUUCUUCAGUUGGCAAGCGUUCCUCAAAUGCAGCAGCUGUUCUUGCUCCACCCAUUAACAUAGAAAGUGUGCAUAUGAAGAUAGAGGAGAAGAUUUCACUCACCUGUGGCCGGGAUGGGGGGCUUCAAAACAUGGAGCUGCAUGGCAUGAUCAUGCUGCGGAUCCUGGAUGAAAAGUUUGCUCGGAUUUGCAUCCACAUUGAGAAUGAGGACAAAAAAGGUGUGCAGCUUCAGACUCACCCCAAUGUUGACAAGAAGCUUUUUAUGUCAGAGUCAGUGAUUGGCUUGAAAAACCCAGAUAAGUCAUUCCCCAUCAAUAGUGACGUGGGAGUGCUGAAAUGGCGGCUGCAAACGACGGAGGAGUCUCUCAUCCCGCUGACAAUUAAUUGCUGGCCUUCAGAAAGCGGCAACAACUGUGAUGUCAACAUCGAAUAUGAGCUGCAGGAGGACAGCCUGGAGUUAAAUGACGUGGUAAUCGCCAUCCCUUUGCCGUCUGGUGUGGGGGCUCCUGUAAUUGGAGAGAUUAAUGGUGAAUACCGCCACGAUAGCCGGAAAAAUCUUCUCGAGUGGUGCUUGCCAGUGGUUGAUGCCAAAAACAAAAGUGGCAGCCUGGAGUUCAGCAUCGCAGGGCGACCAAACGACUUCUUCCCCGUGCACGUUUCCUUUGUCUCCAAGAAGAACUUUUGCAACAUCCAGGUCACCAAAGUGACCCAGGUGGAUGGGAACAGCCCUGUGAAAUUCUCCACGGAGACCACCUUCCUCGUGGACAAAUAUGAGAUCCUGUAACCCUUGCUGAAGGGAAGCAGCAAGCAAGGCCAAGGCUGGCUAUGUAGAGAGAGAGAGAGCUGCAACCUUCAGCAUCGGGGGGGGGGGUGUUGACGUUUGUUUACCCACUGACCUUAUUUCCCAGGUCCCAACUGCUCAGGCAGGGAGAGACUGCCUGUUUCUCUGGCACAGCUGCCUCACCUUGGCCGGCGCCUUGUCCCUCCACCCACCCCACCCUUUUCUUCCGCAGAGGGUACCCCAGAAUGCCCUGCUGGUUCCAGAUGCAGCGGCAAGGAGAUGGCUACCAUGGGAGAGGAAUAGGGCCAGUAGCCUCCCUUUUCUGGUGCUGUGCAGACCUUGCCAAUCCAUCUGAUCCUGAGCGGAGGAGGUGGAAGCUUUCACGCUUGUGCAGCUCUCGCCUGAAAGCUCCCCCCUCCUCCUGACUGUUUUAUUGAACCCAGAAGACUAGGGGGCAGCUUUUUCUGGCUGCUUCUCUGACUUUAAGAUCCUGGAAAUACCGACUUGGGGGCAGGGAAGCAUUGGGCACCUUAAAUGCAUUGGGCUGUGCUCGCCUGCUAAAGAAGACCCCAGCCUCUCCCACACCACCUCUAUCCAGAGAGCCCUGGGUGGGGGCCACGAAUCAUACCGAUUGGAGAUUUGUCUGCCUGAUUCUUAAUAUGGGGUUCAGUUUAAUUCUAUUGUCAAAUGCAAUUUACUCUCAAACAACAUAGAAGAUGACACUGAAAUAAGGUUUUGGAACCCUACAAAAUAAUUACAGCCUGUAUGACACAUUCCAGUAUAUGUGAAGAAUCGUUGCUCCUGAAUCCAAUAAAGAACAUUCUAAAAAGAAAAAAAA